GGCUCAUGAUGGUCAUUUGGCGUUACUCGCUCAAAGGCAGAAGGACGACGUGUGCUUGUUUUAGAAGAAGAUGACGAUGAUGAUGCCAUAUUGAAGGAUUUUUCUCGUCUAAACAUAACUGCAGCGUUUUACGACCACUUCAGUUCAGCUUUGAUGAGCGAUGGAGAGAGAGGAGGGAACAGCUGUGCCAGAGAGGCAGUGAAAGGAGGAGGAACUCAGUGAGAGUCUGAUGCUGCACCGGGCAGGAGCACAGAGAAUCUUGGGAGUAAAGGGAUGCAAAGGAAUACUUGUAAAAGAAAUAUGAAGGCAUAUCUUUUUGUGAUUGGACGAAUGGCAUUUUAAAGAUCACAAUGGGCAAUUCAGAUAGUCAGUACAGCAGUUUCAUUCUCCCUGGUAAGGGAAAGUCUAGCUCCCUGAAGCUGCACAAUCCCAAAGAGGACGUGGUCUCGCCACAAUCUUGGUGGAGGAACUCUGACAGCACCUCUGGGUACAAGGCUAAAAAUGGCUUUUCACCACACAAAAACCAUCAACCGUACAUGUCACGUCGAUAUGACUGCAUUAAGGAGGGAUCUAGUGACAAAAUAUGUGCGGAGAGCCACCAGGACUAUGACAACAUUUUAUUCCAGGGAAAUGGAUUUUUUGUAGGCUACAGACAACAGAGCGGAGGCCUCCAGGCUCCUAUGAGGAACCCCAGUUCUGAGUGUAAAGACAGUAAGAGCAGUCCAAAAGUUCUGCUUCGUGAUGAUGGAAGUCUAAGAGUAGAGUUCACUAAUGCACGGAGGGAGCCAGACGUUGAGCUGUCCUUGGGAACUCGUCGAAGUGGACCUGUUGAUGGCCAAAGGGCCAGUAAUGGAAGCUCUCUUGGCUCCGAGGGCUCAUGGUAUGACUCGCCCUGGGGGAAUGGGACAGAUCUGUGUGACAAUGUCUUCUCCAACAGCCAACCUUCGGAUAACAGCAGUGGAUACACCACACUCUCAUCCACACGUACAGUGGACUUUGGAUAUUUUAAUGGUUACAACACAGAACAGUCUGAGCAUCAUACGAGUAGCCUUACCUGCCAAACAACAGUUCAUGGCGGUCAGUAUGCAAACAGUGAUAGCAAUAGUAAUGGCAACCGUGUUGAGGAGGACAGUGGUAUUGGAGACUCUGUGCUCCUUCAUUUGGAAAACAAUGGAUUACCUGAGCAAUACACAAACCCAAACAUGACUCUACCGUUCCCAACUGUGGGCAUCCUAAUGACAGAUCAGUUCAAGGAUAGUCCUCAUCUACAAGCUUCACUGACCUCUUCCCUGGAUGCAAACUCCCAAGAUGAGAAUCAGGAAACCCGGCUUUACACCUCGCAAACCCUGCCAUGCAGAAAAGCAGUUCCUGAUGGGAACACAAGGAAGGACUCGCUCAAGAGUCGCAUCCGCCGUCUCAGUGAUUGGACGGGAAGUCUGAGCAGGAAAAAGCGAAGGCUACAGGAUCCUCAGGAACCAAGCAUAGAAGUUGUUAACUGUGGAGCUGAGGGCACGGUCGAAGAAUCCAGACCAUUUUGGAAUCCCAUGUCAUGCCAAACACAGCUGGACAGCACCUUAUCUGGCCCUUUUGGGCAGCAGAACCAAGGUGCAACUCUCAGGCAGAACAUCUAUGAGAAUUUUAUGCAGGGCCUGGAGACCGCCAGCAGCACCGGGACCGUUGAUGGACUCCAGAUCUGGGAGGCUGAAGGGGAGAGCAGCAGUGGCUCGAUGGGCUCCAUAGAGCAAAUGGACUUCCUGUUUGAGAAGGAGCAAGGUGUCGUGCGGAGGGCUGGUUGGUUGGCUUUUAAGCCUCUUAUUACACUACAUAAGGACCGCAAACUGGAACUGGUAACAAGACGCAAGUGGAGGCAGUAUUGGGUCACGCUUAAAGGCUGUACACUUUUGUUGGGGGAAUCCAAUGGAAAGACCUCCCCAGAGCAGGAAUGCACACCACGUUACGCAGUGCUUGCCGAGGACAGUAUUGUACAGGCCGUUCCUGAGCAUCCUAAGAAAGAGAAUGUCUUCUGCCUCAGCAAUGCCUAUGGAGAUGUCUACCUCUUCCAGGCUGAAAACCAAACAGACCUGGAGAACUGGGUGACGGCCAUCCACUCAGCCAGCGCGUCACAUUUAGCGAAGCGUCAGGGAAAAGAAGACACUCUGCGCUUGCUGAAGAACCAAAGCCGAUCUCUCCUGCAGAAAAUCGACAUGGACGACAAAAUGAAGAAGAUGGCGGAGCUGCAGCUGUCUGUCAUCAGCGACCAAAAGAACAGGAAGGCUAUUGAGAGCCAGAUCCUGCAGUGGGAACAGAACCUGGAGAAGUUUAACCUAGAGCUCUUCCGCAUGCGCUGUUACCUGGCUAGCCUGCAAGGCACUGAGCUGCCCAAUCCAAAAAGCCUGCUAGCCACUGCUGGACGGCCCUCUAAAAUGGCGCUAGGUCGCCUGGGAAUUUUCUCUGUGUCGUCCUUUCAUGCGCUGAUAUGUAACCGUGACGAAGCCACACUGAAGAGACGAUCCCGCUCUCAUCCUCGAGGUGUGCGGAACAAACGAGGACUGCUCUUUUCUUCUCAGAAGGGAUUGGACAGUCUGACCAAACGCAACCGUGAAAAGAGACAGUCCAUGUCCCAGAUAUUUGAAGGAUAUUCCUCUGGAUCGUUUGGUCAUCCAUCCACGCAAAGCAGCUCGGAGAGACUGGACAUCUUCACCAAACCGCAUGCAGCAGCUCCCCCUGAUGGUCAUCUGUGGGACUGCAGCCUGGAGAGCCUGGUGUUUGUGCUCGCCCCGGACGGUCAGAUCAUCAGCGUCCCAAUCAAACACGACUCUCUGGUGUCCGAUGUCCUCACGCUGGCGUGUAAGGCAAAGCAUCUGGAUCCAGCUCUGCACGUCCUGCACAUGAGGAGACAUCUGGGCCAGGAUGUUGAGCGGAUCACUCCAGCACCCACAGAUCUGCUCAAAACCCUGGUCUAUGAUGAACUCGAAGUGUGGCCGAUCAAUGUGUUGAGCUUAACCAUGUCCCGUCCAGACGCAACCAUAGACUUUGGUUUUGCAGUCACAGGCCACGUCGAUGGUUCCAGGAGAACUCAUGUCUAUGUGAGUGAAGUGAAACCUGAAGGCCUGGCAUAUAUUCACGGUCUGAGAGCUGGAGAUGAGAUCUUGACUCUUAAUGGCGUGAGUGUGACGUCUCUGGAUCUAGGUCUCAUGCAGAGCUUCUUCAGUCAGCAAGAGCUCAAUCUCGUGCUCAGACGCGAGGAAAACAGUCCAGACCAGCAGAGCUCUGUCUGGCCCGACUGUGAACCUGAUCAAGCCCAGCAUCCUCACACAGACAUUCACCUGGAGCAGCUGAGCACAGAUCAGUGUCAGGAGCAGGAAUUUGGCGAGGGCUCAGGAGUGUCUGCUCUGGAGGAAGCUGAGCGGGACAGAAAGAACCCAGAGACGGUGUGUAAGCUCUACCAGACGUUGCCUGAAGGACCUGUUCUCAUGGUAGAGGGCCACAAGAACCCUUACUCUGCUGAAAAUACUCGUGCCAGGUCCUCUCCGCGUCACAUGUCUGUCACAGAGCGCCUGCGCAUGGUCAUUCAAGAGCUGGUGGACACAGAGAAAUCUUACGUCAAGGACCUCGGAUCUCUGUUUGAGAUCUAUCUGAAGCCUUUACAAAGAGAAACAUUCCUUAGUCAUGAUGAGAUGGAGUCACUGUUCGGCAGCCUGCCUGAGAUGCUGGACUUCCAGAGGGUUUUCCUGCAGACCCUAGAGGACAGGACAACUUCCUCACCAGACUACCAUGCGCUAGACUGUCCAGAGAAACUCAAGAAACUUCUCUUCUCCUUGGGCGGAUCCUUCUUAUACUAUGCAGAUCACUUCAAACUUUACAGCGGCUUCUGCGCCAAUCACAUUAAGGUGCAGAAAGUUCUGGAAAGAGCUAAAACAGACCGUGCAUUCAAGGAGUUCCUGGAAGCGAGGAAUCCCACAAAACAGCACUCGUCCACGCUGGAGUCGUACCUCAUUAAACCUGUGCAGAGAGUCCUGAAGUAUCCACUGCUGCUGAGGGAACUGGUGUCUCUCACUGACCCAGAGAGCGACCAGCACAACCACCUCACAGAAGCAUUAAAGGCGAUGGAGAAAGUGGCCAGUCACAUCAACGAGAUGCAGAAGAUCUACGAGGACUACGGCACAGUGUUUGACCAGCUCGUGGCAGAGCAGAGCGGCCCGGAGAAGGAGGUCACGGAGAUCUCCAUGAGUGAGUUCAUCAUUCACAGCACAGCGCUCUGGCAAAACCCCCUGCCCUCUUUGGGCCGCAUGAGGAAAGACCCUGAACUCACUCUUUUCCUCUUCAAGAAAGCGCUCAUUUUGGUGUAUCGGGAAAGCAAGCUAAAGAAAAGAAUGACUUCUCGACUCGGGGAUCUGGAUCCUUUUAAAUUCCGCUGGCUCAUUCCUGUAUCAUCCCUUCAGGUCCGACCUGGAACUUCAGCAGGGUCAGAAAACCCCUGUGUCUGGGAGGUUGUUCACACCAAGUCUGAAGUAGAGGGACGACCGGAGAUGUUCUUUCAACUCUGCAGCAGUAAUCUGGAGAACAAGGCCAGUGCGGUGCGGGCCAUCCGCAAUCUGCUGAGAGAGAACGCCAAGAGAAUCGCUCCAGUUGAACGGCGGUUGCGAGACUUCAACUCUAACUUCACCUUCCCCAGAAGAAGCCACCCAGGAGCACUCAGAUCACACUCCUGGCAGAGGCCACCAGACAGCCCAAAACUCCCAGAGGGAUACGCUCAUUCUGAACCUCCCAUCCCCAACCACUCGCUCAGGGCUUCCAGAGAGCAGUCCCACAACGCGAGCAAGAGAUCCACACUGUGCUCUCUGACCAGCGCACUGGAAGCUCAACUCCAGAGAUUGAACUUUGUAGAUGAAGCUCAGGGAAUGAGCAAGAGCAGUCAGCAGCUGGAUGACUCUUCAGGCCUGCACCUCAACUCUCUGCUGGUCAGGGACUAUAGUGUGCAGAGCCUGGGUUCAGUGGUCGGCGAGGACUGCUUUUACGAUACGCUCAUGGGCAUCCAAAAAGCUGCCAUCCCCACUUUGUAGAGGAAGCUACUGCUUUAAACAUUUAAAUGCACUAAAAUACGAUUACUGUGCCUUAUGCAGAACGUUUUUAUCAGUUGCAAAAUCAAGUGAGCUGCCUACC